GUAAUAGCCACGCCCUCUCCAUCCUUCCCCGUGUUCCUGUGGAAGGACGUGAACCACAGUCGGCUGAAUGAUACCUAUUUCUCCAAAUACCCAGGUGUAUGGAGUCAAAAUGAUGAAUGCUGGAUAAACCCACGUACAAAUGGACUUGUAGUCAUCGGAAGAAGUGACGAUACCUUGAAGCAGAACGGCGAAAGAUUUGGAUCUGGUGAUAUAUAUUUUGCAAUUCACCAGAUGGAAGAGCUCCAGGACUACAUAUGCGUGGGACAGGACAAGUACAACGGUGAUACCAGGGCCGUCCUCUUCGUUAAAAUGAGGAAAGGACAUUCCUUCUCGCAACAGAUUAGGGAGAAGAUCGCCAACACCAUCAACCGAGAACUCUGGGUGGACUACGUCCCGCAGGUCAUAUUGGAAGUGCCAGAUGUCCCGUACAAUCUAAACAACAAAAGGAUGGAGAGCGUUGUCCGGCAGAUCGUGGCCACCAACCAGGUCCCAGAAGUCAUGAACAUCAAAAAUCCCGAAUGUCUCAUACACUACUGCGAUAUCCCAGAACUGGUCAACUACAACAAAACCGUGAUGCAAGCCAAACUUGAACUCAAUUACAAGAUCAUUUCUUCGUAAAAAUUGCCUACGAUCCAUUUACGGAUAAUAGAGAGAAAUUGUUGUACCAUAAAAUUCUAUUUGUUUUAUAUUUUAUCUACUCAUUGUUAUAAAUAUUCAUAUUAUUUUAUAUUUUUUGUGCUGACUGUUUUGCUUAUCUGUUUUAUUUCAUGUUUUAAGUUAUUUUUUUUGCUUGUUAACUUAUAGAGUAUUUUGUGUUCAAGUUGAAUUUUGUAGUAUUUUCAUUUUUGAGACAAAAUUGAGGACUAUAGCGCACCCUGGUAAUAGAAACGGCACAACCCCCAAAAUUUACCCUUGUUAAUUACGGUAGCGAUUGUAAAUUUACAAAACGGUGUAAUAUCGUUCUGAAAAUACUAACGGACGAAACAGAAUUAUUGGGUUUUUAGGGAAUGCUCAUUACUUAACGGACUAAUAAGUAUUAUGCCUGAUAUAAUUCAAUAAUAUUCGGUAUAAUCCUUAUUCAUCGGUACAAACGGAUGAGAAUUUUAUGGACCGAUUUGCAGGAUUUAAGGAUUUUCGAGGAGUGUUAUUUUUCUAUUCCCAGGGUACAGUAUUGUUUCAGGAUCAUUUCAAACGGAUUUCGUUUUAAUCUGCUGAGCUUUUUAUGUGUUGUUUAGCUUUUUAUUAUAACUGCAUUCAAAAUAAGUGAAAUUUCAUCCUUUUGUACACAUAAAAUAUGAUUUUACAGCUUCCCUUAAGUACUGGAGCCUUCGGAGUACGAUAGUUACGUACUUCUCUGCAUAAAUUUUAACUUAGAAAGUUUCAGAUGUAUAUAAAUUGUACAUAUUUAUUGACGUAUAUUAAAGAUGAAUAGUCUAUUAUUUUUAAAGAGUUGUUUUAUUCUUCUGUUUGAUGUAUUUUUGUACGUGAAUUUAAAUGUAAACAGCAAAAUUGAAUAAAG